AAUUAUUCUGACGUCUAGGAGGACCCACACUGAUCACACACGCACCGCACACACCCCAUCUUUUUGCCUCUUUGACGAGCUUUGGCUGUUGAAAGUUCGUUGUCUACCAACUGAUUGAUUGACUUGACAGAGACCACCACACAGCAGCACUUUCAACCCAACUCGGCGCAAAAAAAAAAGAAAAAAAAAGAGAAGAAUAAGAAAAAAAAGUAACCGUUUUUGCGCAACCUUCUCGAGAUUUCAGGCACAGUACCCGACCUAACCACAAUCCCCGCCUCGUAGCACGUAACGCUGCUAAGAAGUUGCCCGCCAUGAAGGUCACUUUCAAGGACCUCAAACAGCAAAAGUUCGUCAUCGAAGUCGAACCGACCGACCUGAUCUCGGCAGUCAAGCAAAAGAUCUCGGAAGAGCGAGGAUGGGAUCCCAAACUGCAGAAGCUGAUCUACUCAGGCAAGAUUCUCAAAGACGAGGAGACGGUCGAGUCGUAUAAGAUUGAAGAGAAGGGAUUCGUUGUAUGCGUGGUCAACAAGCCGAAAGCUGCACCUGCAUCGGCCGCCGCAGCAUCUUCCAAUGCCCCUCCCGCGACGCCAGCUGCGGCACCGGCAGCCACGCCGGCCGCACCUCCGGCCCCUGCCCAGACGAGCAGCUCGGAGCCAGCGGUGCCCGCCACACCGACUCCGCAAAGAGCCGGAGAAGCUCCAGGUGGUGCCAACUUUAACGACCCCAACAUGCUCAGCACCGGCGCCGCGCGUGAUGAAGCCAUCGCCAACAUGGAGGCAAUGGGGUUCGAGCGCACCCAGAUCGAUGCUGCCAUGCGCGCUGCCUAUUUCAACCCCGACCGAGCUGUUGAGUAUCUUUUGAAUGGUAUCCCCGAGAACUUGCGUCAAGCAACUCAACCCCCUGCCGCUCGGGCUGCCGGACAAUCGCCUGCCCCUGCCGGUGAUGCCGCCGCAGCUGCUGCUCCAUCAGGCGGAGGCGAUGACGACAUGGUCAACUUGUUCGAUCUCGCAGCACAGGCCGGCCGUGGAGGCGCAGGGAGCGGGGCCAGUCGCGGAGGCAGUGGAGGCAAUGUAGGCAAUGCGGCGGCGGCAGCGGCAGCGGUGGCAGCCGCGGCCGGAGCAGGCGCUGGUGGCCAGUCACUGGGCAACCUAGAUUUCCUCAGGAACAACACACAAUUCCAGCAGCUCCGCCAGGUUGUUCAGCAGCAACCGCAAAUGCUCGAGCCUAUCCUGCAACAACUGGGCGCUGGCAACCCCCAGCUUGCGCAACUCAUUGCACAGAACCCGGAGCAGUUUCUCGCUCUGCUGGGCGAGGAUGCAGAUGAGGAUGCACCCCUGCCACCUGGCGCCCAAGCAAUCGCAGUCACUGAGGAGGAGCGUGAUGCUAUCGAGAGGCUUUGCCGUUUGGGAUUUGGCCGCGAACAGGCUAUUCAAGCUUACUUCGCAUGCGACAAGAACGAGGAGCUUGCCGCCAACUUCCUCUUCGACCAGCCCGACGAUGACGAUCUUCCUCAGUAGACAAAGACGCUGCUCGCACGCCCAUAUUUUGUGCAUUGCUUACGAAACGACCCGCGACCCAGACCUCGCCGCUCAGCAUGGUAGGCGGACUGAAGAUAACACGAUGUUCUGGUUUUUCUUGUAGGGGUUGGUGGCGUUUGGGGUUGGGAUGUGACCGGCAGAGGCAAUUGACGAGUGACUACUUUGUCACUGUGACCAGACGACUCGAUGCAUACCAGCCAACAAUGAGACAUUCGAAAACACGACCUUGCAGUUAUUUGCCCUGCUGAUACAUUUUGCCUCUGCUCACCAUAUUUCAACUUCCACACUCCUAGGCUAGUCGAGGUUAUAAGGCGCCAAUCACUAAGAGGUGGUUAAGGCAUUCGAUGGUGCCAAGCACCCGGAUUUUGGUACCUAGGGUUGAUGGGCCGGACGGCGGAAUGCGAGAGUGUGGGGUGUAGCAGAUGGAUGCUGGAGCGGAGUUUCUGGACAAGGGCAACCAUCUAAUUUUGCUGCCUUGACAGUACUGCUAUUUGAUGGUUUUGAGGCGCAUCGGUAACAAGUAGAGCAGCGAUGAUUGCCUAUAUCUUUUUUUUUUUUUCGACAGAAUCGACGUAUAUUUACUCUG